AUGUGGUUGUUGGUGUUUAUUUGCGUGCUGGCGAUAUCACGAGCACAAGACCCGAGGGUUAAUACGACGCAAGGAAUUAUAGUCGGCAGAAGAGUUCUAGAUGGAGACUAUCUAUCAUUUUACGGAAUACAUUACGCCGGGGACACGUCCGGUGCAAAUAGAUUUAAGGCACCUACACCAGCUCCAAAAUAUCCUGGAGAUUACCACGCCAUCGACACAGACGUAAUAUGCGCUCAGCCUUCGUAUAGAGGCAUCAUUGGAGUUGAAAACUGUCUGAUGUUGAAUAUUUUCACAAAAAACUUAACAAACUCCAAACCUGUUAUGGUAUGGAUUGAGGGUGAAGACUACGAAACAGCUAUGGUCGAUCUUAUCACUCUAUCGCCACUAUCAAACGAUUUAGUACACAAAGCUUUAGUGCUCAGUGGCUCAGCAUUAGCUCCAUGGGCAGUUUCGUUUAAUCCAAUAGAGAGUGCUCAAUAUGUUGGCGAAAAACUAGAAUACACGCAUAAAUCUAGAUCCGAACUAGCAAAAUUACUCGCUAGAACUGACCUUAAUGUCCUUAAUGGCGUUCUUACUGAUAAUGAAUUUUAUAACGCCUCAUUACUUUUUGCACCCUGUGUUGAAGAUGUCAAUUUAAAUCCAAAUUUAACUGUUUUGUCAGAUGCCCCAAUUAAUAUAUUACGAUCAGGAAAAUAUUCUAAAAUUCCAUAUGUAGCAGGUUAUACCGACAGAGAAGGCACAAUACGAGCUCAACAAGCCGUUCUUAAUAAUUGGCUAUCGAAAAUGGAAAUGAAUUUUAAGGAUUUUAUACAGGCCGAUCUGUCGUUUAAGGACGAUUCUAACAAAACUUCUGUAGCGCAAGAAAUACGGGAGUUCUACUUUGCGAAGAAAACAAUAAACAUGGACGUCAUUGAGGAUUACUUGGAUUAUCACGGAGACGUUUUAAUACUCAUACCAGUAAUGAGAGGAGCCAGGGAGAGGGCUUUGACAUCUCCAGAUAAUGUCAGAUUGUUUGAAUAUGCUUACAGAGGAUCACGUAACUCGGAUUGGAUGUAUCCAAGCAUACCAAUAAAUGGAGCAAAACAUGGCGCUAUACUUAAUUAUUUAUUCAACUUCGACCUAAAAAUUGGCGACAAGACGGCGCAAGAAUCUAUCACCAAACGCAUUGUCGGUUUAGCUUUUACUGGGAAACCCUUUCCCAUGGACUACAAUUCGACUACAUGGGAUGCGAUAACACCCCAAUUUAUGCACAUGUUGUACAUAAGUGGCUCGGAAGUAGCAAACGAGCUGAUUCUGUAUAAAGAGGAGAUGCAAGGCAACUUAAACCAGGAGCGAACAGAAUUCUGGUCCAAGAUUUUUGACAGAUAUUACACAACGCCGAAACCUGUUUCAUCAGCGCAUAGCUUGAUCGGUUUUUAUGCUAUUGUAUUUAUAGCACAAUUUAUUACAAAGUUGUUAUAA